AUGGAGGGGUUGCCCUGCCCGUGCCCAGCCCUGCCCCACUUCUGGCAGCUUGGGUCUCACUUCAUGGCUGAGGGCUCCAGGACUCAGGCCCCUGGGAAAGGGCCCGCACUCAGCAUCCAGGUCCUGCGAGCCCAGUAUGAAGGCUUGAAGAGGCAGCAGAGGACCCAGGCCCACCUCCUGGUGCUUCCGAAAGGAGGAAACACAUCUGCUCCUGCAGAAUCGAUGGUCAAUGCUGUUUGGAUUAACAAGGAGAGAAGGAGCUCACUGUCCCUAGAAGAGGCAGAUUCCGAGGUGGAGGGGAGGCUGGAGGAGGCUGCCCAGGGCUGUCUUCAGGCCCCCGAGUCUCCAUGGCACACGCACCUGGAGAUGCAUCGUUUGGUCCCAACCUUCCCCCAGGACACCAGUCAUCAAGUACAUCAUAGGGGCAAGCUUGUGGGAUCUGACAAAAGGCUCCCACCUGAAGGAAGCGCACACUUGUUUGAAACCAAUCAGAUGACUCAGCAAGGAACUGGAAUCCCAGAGGCUGCCCAGCUUCCAUGCCAGGUGGGCAAUACCCAAACAAAGGCAGUGGAAUCUGGCUUAAAAUUCAGCACUCAAUGUCCUCUUUCCAUAAAGAACCCACACAGGUCUGGCAAACCAGCUUACUAUCCAUUUCCCCGGAGGAAAACUCCCAGGAUCUCCCAAGCUGCCCGGAACCUGGGCUUAUAUGGCUCAGCCUGAAGUUUUCUAUUCUGCCAGAUGUCUUGACCUUGAGGCCACCUAUGGCCUUAUAGAAGAACCAAGGAGGCAGAGCCACACGAGGUCUCUAGCCAUGAGCAAGAACUGGACUAACCUAAUUAUAGGAAUUGUGGGAGAUGAACUUUACAGUGGUAACAUGGUUUUACCCUUCCAAUAAGAAGAGACUUCCCAGGCCAAAUUGCCCACAGUUUAGGAUGAAGAGGACUGUCUGGUCAGUGCAGCCCCAUUCUGACAUUACUAUGAGGUCCUGGAUAUCCAUUCCUUGGGGAGGAUCAGUAAGACAUCUGCUCCAUCCCUGGAACUGGAGAAUUUUGGAACAUAAACCAGGAACUCUAGCCAACAGAAUGCCUUAGCAAUGCCCAGGGGUCAAUGGGCAUGGGCAUUCUUGUUUUCAGUGUCUUCUGAUGAUUUCUCACAUAUUCUGGAGAAGACAAGCUCUGAGAAUUCAGACGCUUUUUCUAGUGGCUGUGUCUUGAGGGCCAUCUCACUUAGAAAUCACAACACUCAUUGGCAGUGAUCACAUCAUUUCAAUUUGGGCUUCCCAAAGUAUGGUCACCCUGGGUAUGAAGGUCAGAUCAAUGCUACCUACCAUUUUGUGUCUUUAAGGGGUCUUUAGAAAGGGCUGAUCAUCUGUCACUGCUCACUGAGACAUGUACAUUCCAGCAUCAUCACAGAGUUAUCUCCUUCCUUCUGUCUCUCCCUCCCUCCCUUCCUUCUUUCUUUCCUCUCUUCCUUCUUGCCUUCUUUCCUGCCUUCCUGCCUGUCUAUCUUUUCUCUCUCUCUCUGCAAAUUAAGUUCUUAUUAAAAACUGCCAAUCAUUGACAAUAUAUAAUGAUGGGAUCCUGAACAAAAGAGGCAAAGAAAUGCUCCUGCUUGAAAAAUACGCAUUCCCUAUUUAGUCCAACUUGGAUCACUCAUAUCCUUUCUGGGAUCAAAUACAUAUUUUUAAACCUAAGACAAAGCAAAGCAGGUGUCACUUGGGUGAUAGGGAAAAAAGCUUGUAUUUCCUGGUUAAUGUUUAGCUUUUGUAAUGCUAUUUAAACACACCUAAGGUGCCUUUCCCUCAUCUCAGGUGCUUUCUCUGUAAAGUUUCACCCCCACCUUUCUUUUCUCCGCAUGGCCAUCCAGUCUUGCCCACCUACAUCCAGAGCUGUUAACUAGUAGUGUCAUUACCUGUGAAAAACAUGUAGAAGCCUCCUUGAACCACCCAGAAAUCCACUCAAAUUUGGGGAUUGUCAUUCCUUUUGUGAAUAAUUAAUACAACUCAGUUGUUUUUAAAAUAUUCUAAUAAAAAAGGAAAUUUUCUCAAAAAAA